GUUCGUUGUCGAAAAUUUUUAGCAUAUCGUGCACGCUACUCGAGAAUCGUGUUUUCGCUGGUUUUCACCCUACGCGAAUGCCAAGAUGAACGUUAGUCCAAAUUUACGUGAGAUAUCCAAUUACGCUUCUUAGCCCAGAUUGCUGGUGAAAUACCGCGAUGACUUCCGAGACAAGUGGCGAGACUUCGAGUCUCGAGCAUCUUCAUCGAGAAGCCUUUAAUUGUUUAGAAACGUUUCCGAACAAAAUCAUCGAACUGAAUGCUUUCAUCAACGAAUAUAUGCCGGAAUCUGUUAAAAACAACAAGUACGACGAGAACGCGGUUGGUCGAAAACCCAGGUGUCAAUCUACUCUUUCCACUACAAAAAAUUGUGACUUGAACAGCGUCUCAGAUUUUGGUGUUUCGAGUUACUACUCUAUGUCGAUGUGUGAUCGCAGUCGAUCGCGACAUGGAAUUUGCAAGAGAAAAUAUUACCGAUCGCGAGGGGUAGCUAGUUGCAAUGGGCGUCGAAGGCCCGGACCUCUUGGACAGUUAUUAGCGUUUAUAGUCAGCACCUUGACGGCGUGUACGAAGAAGAUUGUCAUUGCUCCCUCCAAAUACCUAAUCAAUAACGUUGUUUCAACGUUCUUCCAAAGGCGAGAGUUGAAAAACGCCGAAUGCGGACCUUCGCCCGAUUGGGACAGCUCUCUCUCGACUUGCAUGUUCGCGCUCAAGAAAGACACCACGGUCAUUGGAAAGCUCAUUGAUAUUAUGCGACCCGCUGUGGUGAAACUCAUCACCGACACAACGAUCCUGAAACGCUGGUUGCAAGCGGUCGCUUUGGCGACCCCGACGACUUCCACCGAGUUAACGAAUGCAACUCGCAACACCGAAACCAUCGACUGUUGGGCAUACGAGUUGUUCUUCCAUCUAAAGUACCUUCAAGUGCAUCGUGCACGACGAACCACCGCCGACAAAGUGCUGCUCGAAGAAGAAUCCAAGCCUAACGAGCUGAUUCACGCCAACUUGUGGCAUCGUUUGGUACAGCUUCGCGACAAUUACAUCAUCUUGUACGAAACAUUGCAGACCUACGACAAGACUCGUAACUCCGAGGCGGAGAAACAGCAGGAAUAAUGUACGAUCGUUAGUAUCGACAGUAAAGAGAAAAAUAGGGUAAUUCAUUUAUCGCGUUCAUUAAUUGCGAGGGAAUAAGGCGGUUGAAAAAGUUCGACAAGUUCAACAAGUUGAAGAAGAGAGUGCAUUUCGCGCACAAUUUUCCACCGAACAUUAACAUAAGCUGUACAACAGGUUUAACUCGGGUAGAAGGUCCGUCGAUCGAACCUCUCGCCCGUUUGUUUCGACACGAUUCAGCUGACAUGGCACGCUAUUGUGGCUAACAUUUAAACUUCGUGCCGAGGAAGGGAACGCAGACAGGCUACAGGAUUUUUGCUUCACCGAGAUUGCACCACCCGACCUGCAGUCACCGUUCGCUCCAUCGACUAUUUUUUUUUUCUUCUCCCUUCGAGUAAUAGCGUAACCUACUUGGCCGGAUAAACCGUCAAGCGCUUUUCACGGCGAACCCAAUACUAUCGGGCAUUAAUAUCUACGAUUGUUCGAUUACGUUGCAAAACCGAUAUCGUACACUUUCUACCUUCGUUGCACAACUUUUAAUCGCAACACAUAUACAACGAGCAAAACAUUUCACCGUUCCAAAGAAUACAAAUAAAAGAUUGUUCGUGAAACGACUAUGAACGUGGAAGAUGAACGCGUACACGACCUUUCCAGUGCAACGAGUCUACAAACAAUAAAAAUCACUCGUCGCACGCGAUAGAAUUAUUAACAAUUUACCUACCAACGACGAAUGUAUAUGCUAGCCGCGUGCAUUUGCCUCUUGCCGCUCCUCGAGAUCGUUCAUGAUUCAUCGAACGUGAGCAGCACUUGUCAUACACGGAUAAGGUCGAUACUCCAUUAAUUCUAAUUUCAUUCCUCUCCCUACAUUGUCGGACAUUUUUGCCAGUAAUCAGUUGUCAAAUAAAACGAAGGCCAAUCCUGGCCGAACAACGAAUCGUUGCAGUUGAUUCAUUCGAUACGAGUGAAAGGAGCCGAUGCACAUUUUGCAUCGAGUUCCGUUGACAACGAUUGCACCGUUAGCUAAUAUACAAUUUUAGUACCAAGUAUCUCGAGCGUUUUCUUCGCCAGCCGAGUCGACUCGAGUCGAGUCUUCCGUUCCCACAAUAAAUGCAGCGGCAGAUCUAUCUACGGCUCGAAGGAGUGCCGGUAAACAUCACGAUGCCUAGUAUGAUCACCUAGUUAUCGAACAAUACCAGAAAGAAGGAAGGGAAACGAUGCCACGUAACCUCUUUUCUUGUCCCGUUCUAUCGACGAGGUGGGACAUUACUACGUAAUUAGUGUCGAAACGCUGAGAGCGUGCAGGAUAUUAAUUACUGCGACAGUUAUGCGACUGUAAAUCAAAGUUAUUUGUUAGUGGCUGAGAAAUAACUCGUUAGAACGCUUCCUUUCGCUUGGUAACACUUUGAAAAAUAACACGAUGAAAAGUGGUCACGAGAGAGGAAAGGUUUUCCUCGACAGGUCGAUGGGUUAGGUACCCGCCAACGUAUCUGGCUGAAGGUGAUCGAGAGUUAAGCCUCGCUCUAUCCAUAACAGCCUCGAACCAAGUCCCUCGUGUGGCUCUAUCGUGCGAACCUACGGUAGUCACGACUCUGAUUACGAGCCAUGUAAACCAUUCGAGAGCCGUGUGAAGGGAAAAUAGGCGGAGAGAAGAGAACCUUUGAAAAAGACGAGAAAACUCGAUACCAGAUAACGUUGAAAUAUCAUUAAAUUCGAUUGACAAUGCAAGAUUCUUACUUUUUACGAAUAUUUCGUACUCGCGUUGCAGCAACGCGUAGUGAGAAAGAAAAAUGUGAUGCCCCGCUAGGAGAAAUCGGUUCGGUAGAUACAGGCGUUCCAGUAAAAGAGGAGAUGG